AUGUAUACCACAUACACUCAAGGUCCAUCAUUUUAUCAUCAUAACACAACUCAAUAUUUCCAUGCUGCACCCAACGUUCAACCUCGUGUGGGUAAAUAUGGAGGCGAUCGUACUCUGAUGUCUCCAUCUGAAUAUGCAUAUUCAUUUCGUACACUUGGUAUUAUCCUUGGUUGCUUAGUUCUAUUCUUCACCCUUGCCUUAUUCUCCACCGAACUGGGACGACUCUACUGCGGUUCGAACAAUCGUGGCCGAGUUGACUCUAAUGUAACAUAUGCAUAUUUAAUGUAUCCAUCCAGAACGGUUGACAUCAAUGGUUAUUAUUAUAAUCCCAAAGUCGAAAACCGCUGGAUGUGGCCAUGGUCAACAGCUGCAUUACUAUUUAGCAUUGUCUUUUUUGUUACAGGUGCCUUAGGACUUGUCAGUGGUCUACGGGAAAGUUACUCAACAAUCUUAGCGUUCUUCGUUUGUUCGUUAUUAUCAAUAUGUUUAUUGAUAUUUUUAAUCGCCUCGUACUCGACGAUCAUAGCCGGAUGGAAGAGCAUCUAUGGAACAAGUGACGGAGAUUCUAUGACACGUUACACACGCAUCGACAGAGAUUUAGCUAUUGUGUGCUUAUCAAUGUGCUGCAUGUUAUUUCUCAUUCUAUCCGUUGGCAUGUUCUUCGCUGGUAGCACUAUUGAUAUAUGCACUCGAAAGAAUUUCUCACAUGGUGAAACGGAUCCCGACAAUUAG